AUGAUGAAGGCGGAUGUUCGGAGGGACUAUUAUGCAAACUUGGGGCUUCAACCUAGUGCUGAGACGGAGGGUAUCAAGAAGCACUUCAGGAGACUGGCCCUCAAAUAUCAUCCUGACGGGAAUCCAGGGAAGGAACGAGAGUUCAAGGCCAAGUUCCAGGCCAUCCAAGUCGCGGAUGAGAUCCUGAGUGAUCCCAAACGACGGCUCAAAUAA